GUGUUUUGCGCGCGCUCCCCCGCCUCUCUCUCUUUCUCUCGCGCGCUCUGAGAGAACUGAACUCCAGCCCCUCUCGCGCUCUCUCUAUCAGCCUUUCAUUCCGUCUCAAUAUGUCUCAAGAUGGCGGCCAAUGCGGGAUCGAUGUUUCAAUAUUGGAAACGCUUUGAUUUGCAGCAACUCCAGAAAGAACUGGAUGCCACCGCAACAGCCCUGGCCAACAGACAGGAUGAAAGUGAGCAGUCCAGAAAAAAACUCAUCGACCAAAGCCGCGAGUUCAAGAAGGACACUCCAGAGGAUUUGCGUAAACAGAUAGCUCCUUUGCUCAAGGGCUUCCAAUCAGAGGUUGACGCCUUGAAUAAAAGAAGUAAAGAAUCAGAGGCUGCUUUCCUCAACGUGUACAAGAGAUUAAUCGAUGUCCCAGAUCCUGUCUCAGCUCUGGAGGCAGCUCAGCAGUUCCAGGUGACUGUACGGAAGAUGCAUGACUUGGAGACAGAAAAUCAGAGGCUCAAAGACACACUACAAGAGUAUGAACGUGAGAUCGCAGAGGUUAAAAACCAAGAAGUUACUAUUAAAGCACUUAAAGAGAAGCUGGAGCAGUAUGAGCGUUCUCUGCAGGCCAAGAACACAGAGGAACCUCCUGAUCAGGACCAGGAUGGAACAGAAAGAGACGAGAGAGACAACAAAGGGGAAAAUCUUCCUAACAACUAUGCAGACAAGGAGAGUCAGCCAGAGCAGAGCCAGGAUGGCAGGACAGAAGACUUGGACAUGAAAACACAGUUCUUACAAACAGCACUUGAAACAACUCAGGCAGAACUCCAUGAACUGAAGACAAAAUAUGAUGAAGAAUCCACAGCAAAGGCCAAUGAGAUUGAAGCGGUGAUGACAGAUUUGGAACAAGCCAAUCAGAGGGCUGAGGCAGCAGAGCGGGAGGCGGUGAGUCUGAGAGAGCAGAUUACUUCAGCCAGCAAGACCCCACAACCACCUAAUCAGAUCCAGAAAACACCGGAUACGGAGAAGUCUCUGGAGGCAGAACUGGGUGCGAAGGAGAGGGAGGUGGAGCGCUUGGCUGAAGACGUUCAGAAACUCCAGGCUAGUCUGGCUCAGCUCAGCGAGACCUCCACCAAUCAGAUCAGCCAGCUCGAGCAGCAGCUUAGCUCCAAAGAAGCCCUGCUAAAGCAACUUGAAGAAAAGCUUCAAGAUCAGUCAGACUAUGAAGAGAUCAAACGGGAACUCUGCACCCUGAAAUCUGUGGAGCAUAAUUCAUCAGACCACUCUUCAUCAGUACAGGACUCUUCCAAGCCGUUAGAGAUGUUGCUGAUGGGAAAAGACUACAGCCAGCUGUCAGACAGCGCUUUUAAACGACUGGCCAAUUGUGACUUCAGUGGAGCAUUGGGACGGAAAAGUAAAGAAACCAGUGAGGAAAACCCUCAGCGUCUUCCUGCCACUCCGGUCCCCACCAUGCUCCAGGGGUCUCCUCCUCCCCCCUCCCCUCAGCUGUUGAUGAGGACAGGCACCGCUACCUCAGAAUCUGCUGCCAGUGCCAACGGUACCCACCCCUUCUCUCCCACAGGUAUUGGGCCAGACUUCUUCACUCCGGGCAUGGCCAGCGUGGGUGCCACGUUCCCCCCGCUGGCUGGUAAAAUGGCACUCAACUCCCUACUACAGAGGCAGCUCAUGCAAACCAUCUACACCAAAGCCCUCCAAGACCCCUCUCCCAGUUCCGUGCUGUUCGGCCCGCCCCAUUACGCUACAACCAACUCUCUCUCCAGCCCACUACCACCUCAGUCAGCAGGCAGCCCGGAGGUCAACGGUAUGGCGCCUUCUCCCAGCCAAUCGGAGGGCGCGGGCAGCACAUCGGAAGGCGAGGAAAUGGACACGGCGGAGAUUGCCCGACAGGUCAAGGAGCAGCUGAUCAAACAUAACAUUGGCCAGCGCGUGUUCGGUCAUUACGUCCUGGGUCUGUCCCAAGGCUCCGUUAGUGAGAUUCUAGCUCGGCCCAAACCCUGGAGCAAACUAACCAUUCGCGGCAAAGAACCCUUUCAUAAGAUGAAACUCUUUCUUUCUGAUGAGCAGAACAUCUUGGCACUGAGGAGCAUCCAGGGCAGACAGAGAGAGAACCCAGGCCAGAACCUGAAUAGAGUGUUUCAGGAUGUUCCGAAGCGAAGAACCGGCUCGGAAGGCUCCACACGGCCAGGUAACAUCACCACACGCAUCCGCACAUCUGAGACCGGCUCAGAUGAGGCCAUUAAGUCCAUCUUGGAGCAGGCUAAGAGAGAGUUACAAGUUCAAAAAGCAGACGGCGUGGGGGAGAGGCAACGGCGAUCAGGUUACCACAGAGGGUCGGGCAGCUAUUUCCAAAUAUAUGCACACAGUCUAAGACUUGUUGAAAGUUCUCAGCCUCCAUCUUCCUCCAGCAACUCCGAUGAGAACAUUCGCUCCAUCCUUGAGCAGGCUCGGAGAGAGAUGGAGGCCCAGCAGGUUUCCCUGGAACCCGUGCUGAAGUCCACCUCCAUGGCCCCGACCGAUCUCUCGCUCCUGGGCUCCAAGCUCUUGGGUUCCCCGCUCUCUACCUUGCCCUACACCCCUAUUGCUCAGUCUCUAAAGAAGCCCUCCACUUCCCCUCUCCUGGACUUCCACACUGGGGUGAAGAAGGAGAUAGGUGAGGUGGCCGUGUCAGAGAUUGGGCUGGAUGGAGGGGCCAAGCUUAGUCGUCACUCUGAGAGCGGAGUAGGUGUAGGUUCUUGGAGGGAGCACUGGUGGAGCUCUGGUCUCACUGAACGUCGUGGAACCAUGCAGCCCACUGUAAGCGAAGAUGCCCACAGUCAAGAGGAUAGCAAGGAGAAGCUCCCUCGGCUGGGCAGCACUGCGCCCAUGGCUCCUGCCUCAUCUCUGGAUUACUGGAAGGACUGGCCCAGCUCAGAGUCGCCAUACUCCCAGAGCUCAGAGUUCAGUCUGCAAAUGCCCAGUGGCAGCGAGACCCCUCAGAGCAGCCCACUGCCAUCUUCCUCGCCUUUACUGUCCCUCCCCAAAGUCGCCAAACCCGUGGUGCCCCCGCUCACACCCGAGCAGUACGAGUACUACAUGUACCAAGAAGUGGACACUGUGGAUCUCACACAGCAGGUCAAAGACAAGCUGGCCAAGAAUGGCAUCUGUCAGCGGAUCUUUGGAGAGAAGGUGCUUGGCCUCUCUCAGGGGAGUGUAAGCGACAUGCUCUCUCGGCCAAAGCACUGGAGCAAACUCACGCAAAAAGGAAGAGAGCCGUUUAUACGUAUGCAGUUAUGGCUGAACGGAGAGCUGGGUCAGGCACUGCUGCCUAUGCCUGGACAAACACAAGAGAUUACUCCAAAGACCUCAGCCAGCUGCAGUCCUGCCCCAGAAUCCCCUCUCAGUUCGGCCGAAGAGUCUGUUAAAAGCCAGCAGGAGGAGCAGAUGUGCCGAGCAUCCAUCCAGGAGCCAAGUGAGACUUCCGAGUCGCAGCCCGGCACGCCUUUACCGUUACCUGUGCCAGGACAUUCGGGUCUUAGCAUUCAAGAAACAGUGGCCAUGUCUCCCGAGCUGGACACCUACACCAUCACCAAGAAAGUCAAAGAAGUUCUCACAGAUAACAACCUUGGUCAGCGUCUGUUCGGGGAGAGCAUCCUUGGUUUAACGCAGGGCUCCGUGUCUGAUCUGCUGGCCCGGCCCAAACCCUGGCACAAGCUCAGCCUGAAGGGCCGAGAGCCAUUUGUGAGGAUGCAGCUCUGGCUCAGCGACCCACGGAACGUGGAGAAACUCAUGGACAUGAAGCGGUUGGAAAAGAAAGCUUAUAUGAAGAGACGCCAUAGCUCCAUUGGUGAGAGUCAUUCAUUGGAGAGCGCUCUUUCAGGAAGUGACCUCACUCAGGGGGCCAGUCCCCAGCACCUCUCCCAACCACAGCAGCAGUCGCAACAGCCUCAUCUGAAGAAGCCCCGUGUGGUUCUUGCUCCAGAAGAGAAGGAGGCUUUGAAGAGAGCCUAUCAGCAGAAGCCUUACCCCUCUCCUAAAACCAUCGAGGAGUUAGCGAGCCAGCUCAACCUUAAAACCAGCACUGUCAUCAACUGGUUCCACAACUACAGGUCUCGAAUCCGGCGAGAGCUCUUUAUCGAGGAGAUCCAGGCGGCAGCUGGAGAAGGUGGAUCCCCCUCAACACGACCUGGAGGGAAGUCUGGUGGCGAGGGAGAAAACAGCUGCGACGGCACCGAAUCCGACAGCACCGCGGAAGGACGACCGAGUGGCUCCUCCGGCUCAGACGAGCGCAAGGGCCUCUUAGAGAGCCCUGGCUUCAGCCACAGAGAGGAAGAGGGCGAGGGAGAGUUCCCCAGCGCCUCGGGCACCAGCAGAGCCGGUAUAAUAGACAGCCUAUUCGGCAUUCCCGAGUCCAUAUCAGUGACAUCCGCUACCGUAACCCCAUUGCGAAACCCCAAGGACAACAGUCUGCGCAAGAAAAAAGCUGCCAAUCUCAACAACAUCAUCCACCGGCUGGAGAAAGCAGCAAAUCGCGAUGAACCUCACGAAUGGGAGUUCUAAAAGGCUUUGUUGUUUUUUUAUUUUCACUAUGUCCCUCACUGAGCUUACCUGGCCAAGCCUGGUGCACACACACCACAGGUGAACCCAAGGGUUUUCCAUUUGCUGUUUAGAAGUGGGCUAUCAUGGAAAGGAAAAAAGAAAACGAGAUUUAGCCUGGUUUUUUGUUUUUGUGAAGCACUUAAAGGCCCUGCUGGCCACAGGGCUGUAACA